AGGUAGUGGCCGGGACUCUCGAAGCCCCGCUCGCGCCCCGGCCCUGCUCGGGAGCUCGGCCUCCUGCCUUCCCUCCUCAGCUCGUCCGGUCUUCCGCGCGUGCCGAGGGCUGCGAUCGGCCGGCGUGCCUCGCGCCCUAACGGGCGGCCGGGGGCGCCAAUCAGCGGGCGGCAGGGUGCCAGCCCCGGGGCUGCGCCGGCGAAUCGGCGGGGCUCGCGGCCUGGGGUGGGAGGCGGGUCUACCGCGCGGCCGCGGCGGCGGAGGAACAGCUCCCAGCCAGCAGCCAGCGAGCUCCGAGCGAGCCUCCCGGAGCCCCUCAUCCCGUUCGGAAGAGGAAGGAACAAAAGGUCCCGGACCCCCGGCUCCGACGGGGCGGGACCCGGAGCCUCGGUCCAGGUUAGAUAAAGGAGGAUAUUUCCUUCGUGUGGAUUGCUGCCUUUAGUAAGAACAUGUCGUCCAUCUUGCCAUUCACUCCACCAGUUGUGAAAAGACUGCUGGGAUGGAAGAAAUCAGCUGGUGGAUCCGGAGGAGCAGGUGGAGGAGAGCAGAAUGGACAGGAAGAAAAGUGGUGUGAGAAAGCAGUUAAAAGUUUGGUGAAGAAGCUAAAGAAAACAGGACGAUUAGAUGAGCUUGAGAAAGCUAUCACCACUCAAAAUUGUAAUACUAAAUGUGUCACCAUACCAAGCACUUGCUCUGAAAUUUGGGGACUGAGUACACCAAAUACGAUAGAUCAGUGGGAUACAACAGGCCUUUACAGCUUCUCUGAACAAACCAGGUCUCUUGAUGGUCGUCUUCAGGUAUCUCAUCGGAAAGGACUGCCACACGUUAUAUAUUGCCGAUUAUGGCGCUGGCCUGAUCUUCAUAGUCAUCAUGAACUCAAAGCAAUUGAAAACUGCGAAUAUGCUUUUAAUCUUAAAAAGGAUGAAGUAUGUGUAAACCCUUACCACUACCAGAGAGUUGAGACACCAGUUUUGCCUCCUGUGUUAGUACCACGGCACACUGAGAUCCUAACAGAACUACCGCCUCUGGAUGAUUAUACCCACUCCAUUCCAGAAAACACUAAUUUCCCAGCGGGAAUUGAGCCACAGAGUAAUUACAUUCCAGAAACACCACCUCCUGGAUAUAUCAGUGAAGAUGGAGAAACAAGUGAUCAACAGUUGAACCAAAGUAUGGAUACAGGAUCCCCAGCAGAAUUAUCUCCUACUACUCUUUCCCCUGUUAAUCAUAGUUUGGACUUGCAGCCAGUUACAUACUCAGAACCUGCGUUUUGGUGUUCAAUAGCCUAUUAUGAAUUAAACCAGAGGGUUGGAGAGACCUUCCAUGCAUCACAGCCCUCACUCACUGUAGACGGCUUCACAGAUCCAUCAAAUUCAGAGAGAUUCUGCUUAGGCUUACUCUCCAACGUCAACCGAAAUGCUACAGUAGAAAUGACACGAAGACAUAUAGGAAGAGGAGUGCGCUUAUAUUACAUAGGUGGGGAAGUUUUUGCUGAGUGCCUAAGUGAUAGUGCAAUCUUUGUGCAGAGCCCCAAUUGUAAUCAGAGAUACGGCUGGCACCCUGCAACAGUGUGUAAAAUCCCACCAGGCUGUAAUCUGAAGAUCUUCAACAACCAGGAAUUUGCUGCUCUUCUGGCUCAGUCUGUGAACCAGGGUUUUGAAGCCGUGUAUCAGCUAACUAGAAUGUGCACCAUAAGAAUGAGUUUUGUGAAAGGGUGGGGAGCAGAAUACCGAAGGCAGACGGUAACAAGCACUCCUUGCUGGAUUGAACUUCAUCUGAAUGGACCUCUACAGUGGUUGGACAAAGUAUUAACUCAGAUGGGAUCCCCUUCAGUGCGUUGCUCAAGCAUGUCAUAAAGUUCCAUCACCAACCCAGUCCCAUCAAAAGACUUACUGUAACAACUCUUCUGUCAUAGUAUUUGUGUGUGGUCCCCAUGGACUGUUUGUAUCCAAAAAUUCAACCAAGAAAACAGCACUUGAGGUCUCAUCAAUUAAAGCACCUUGUGGAAUCCGUUUCCUAUAUUCGAAUAUUAGAUGGGAAAAUUAGUGUCUAGGAAUACCCUCCCAUAAAGGAGGAAGAGAAGAUUUUAAAGACUUACUGAUGUCUUGUUGGGCAUAAAAUUGAGUGUCCCAAAGGCUUAUUAAUAACAGUAGUAGUUAUGUGUACAGGUAAUGUAUCAUGAUCCAGUAUCACAGUAUUGUGCUGUUUAUAUACAUUUUUAGUUUGCAUAAAUUAGGUGUUUGUGUGCUGCUUCUUGAUUUAGGCAAGCUUUUAUAAAGUUACAAUACCUAAUCUGUUAUUCCCACCUCUCCGUUAUUUUUGUGUGUCUUUUUUAAUAUAUAAUAUAUAUCAAGAUUUUCAAAGUAUCAUUUAGAAGCAGAUUUCCCUUAUAGAAAAACUAAUUUUUCUGCCUUUUACCAAAAAUAAACUCUUGGGGGAAGAAAAGUGGAUUAAUUUUUGAAAUCCUUGACCUUAAUGUGUUCAGUAGGUCUUAAACAUUUGUUCUUGUUGGUUGGUUUGUUUGUUUACUGCUAAAUUUCUAUAACAAAGCCUUGCAGAAAAUCUUUUCAAACCUCUUCUUCAUUCCUACUUUUGUUCUGAUACAAAAACAGAAUAGCAUGCCAUCCAUCGCCAGUAAUGGUUGCACUGAUAGUGGUUAAACUGCCAGCACCAGUUGCUUCUGGGGUACAGUAAGAAUGCAUAUGGAGUAAGUUGCUUUGUCUUACACAUUUCAACAGAUAAUACUUGACUUGUGUGACCUAGCAGUCUAUUAAUUUAUCCUUACACCUCAUAAAAAAUACAUAGGUGGCAGUUUAAUUAUUUUCAGGGAUAUGCUACACUUAAUCCAUUUAUCCUUUUUUUAAAGCCAAUCUAAAGAUGUAAACACUUUUUUAAAAAGGUAUUUUAAAUGUUUCAACAGCAGACCUAGUGCUCUUUGAUUUGAGUUUCACUUGAUUUAGUUACCAGAUUGUUUUAUGAAUGGACCUUUUGUAAAUGUAAUUGCACCUGCAGAAUACCUAGAAAAGUGAUGCUGAGGUGUGGUCAGCAGAUAAGGGCCAUCUGUUUUUAAAAUAUGUUGUAUUCAAUUUAUAAAAUCUCUUAUUUUACAUAAUUAUUAAUGUAGAAUUUUUAAAAUUUGGGGAGAAGCAGUCUAGCAACUUUUUAAGCUUAUAAUCACCUACAGUCUGAGCUGUUCUUAACUAAAACUGAAUAUACGUUUGUUACUAGAAUCGACCACACUUUAUGCUCUACAGUAAGAGGAGCAGAAGCUCUGUGGGUAGUUCAUUGUGCAGCGAGUAACUCUUAGGUCUAAUGUGAAGUUAUUGCUGUUUAAACAUUACUUGUUUGCAUCUCAGUAGAAAUGAAAAAUAACCACUCUUCCUAGGCCCCUUCUAGUAAAUUUUUAUAUUUUUAGGAUAAAUAUCUUAAGUACUUGUUUUUCGAAACCACAGUCACCUGUUUCUACAGGUGUCAUUUUCAGUACUUUCAGCAUUUGGUUGUUUUCUGUUAAGUAUUCCUCAUUUUCAAAUAUUUGUGUGUACAUGCAUGUAUUCUUGUAAACGUGUAGUAAAUUUUUACUCAUUCAACAAAUAUUUAUUGCUCACCUGUUAUAUGUGCCAGGAACUUUCUUAGCUUUUGGGUAAAGUUGAACACUAUAACCCUUGAUCAGCUUUUUUGUCUGUGAAGGAAAUAAAUAGGGUGAUAGAGUAUUACAGAGGGAAGGCUUCUCUAAGGAAGUGUUGCUUGCACUAACACUUGGCGUGAGAAAGGAGCAAGUGGGCAUUACUGGCAAAGAGAAUGGCAUGAUAUGCAAAGGCUCAUUUUAGAGGAAACUCGUUAGUUAUGAAUGCUUUAUAUGAACACCUCUACACAGAUCCGAACUUGAGGAUCAGAAUGGUUCUACAAUUUAUAAUAGUUGAAGGUGGCCUUAUUUUGUGAUAGACUGUAUCAUUCUCAGUAAUAUUUCUUCUUUGUCGAGCCCUUGCUGAAAAGUUCAUCAUUUGUCAUACCAUUUAACAACCCCUUCUUUAAAUCGGCCCUGGGCAAGUUUUCACCAUUGUGGUGUCUGGCUGCUUGCUUCCAGACUUCUUGCUGCUCACUAAUUACUACUUCUACAGGACAUCUUGUGAUUUGUGUAAAUGUCCCACUUAUUACCACCGCAGAUCUGCUGGAGAUAACAGGGGAGUCUCUGCCCUUUGCAGGUGUUUAUUGAGAACUUGGGAGCAGUUCUGGGGACAGAGAAUAACUUGGAAACUGGUGGAAGGUCUUGGCAGUCACUCUUGCAUUGAUACAUUAAGUGAAGCAGUGCCAGUCACAGCAUGCCAAUAUGGAGCUCAGCUCCAGGUGCAGUGGAGUUCUGUGCCACCGGAAGCUGGGACUCAACUCUUAGGAGGCACCUGUUGUAUUGAGCAGUUAUACCUGUCGAGCAGUUGGCUUUAUGGUGGUGACUACAUUUUUGUGAAUAUAUUUAAUGGUCAUGGUCAUGUUUGUUUUUUACUUAUAAAUUGUUUAUUUCUGGAAUUUUCCAGACCAUGGUUGAUCAGGAGUAACUGAAACCACAGAAAGCAAAUCAGCAGAUAAGGGGGGACAACUAUAGUUAACAGAAAGGCAAAAUUAUCCCAUGUACAUUAGUGAUACAGAUGUUUUUAAGUAAUACCUCCCUAAAGUUUUUUUCAAGAUACUGAACCCAAAAAGCAUUUGUUUAUCUGCUUCUCUUCAUAUUCAGGUAGCCCCCAAAUAUACAGCAGUUUCUUGGGCUGUUCACAAUUCAAAUUUCUUAGAAUAUUUUAACCAAAGAGCAUCUGCAGUGCCCAAGUAGUAAUCCCAACCAUCAGCUUUUUCCCGUAUUUGCUUUUUAAUUGGAUGCUGUUUUUGCAUUCUGUAUUGUCUACAGUGGCCUCUUAACAUGGACCUUUUCUUUUUCCCCCCCUUUAUAGGGACUGUUUUCAUUCUUCAUGGUGAAAUCUCUUCUUUGUUGAAUUUUGUUUUUCUUUGAAUUAGCAACAUUAUUUAGAACUUCUUCACAGUGCUAGUAAUUUCUUCAACUCAACAAAGUGAGAAUUGAAGGACCAUGCUGUCUGUCACAUUUAAGUGAAUGGUGGUUUUCACAGUGGAUUCGAAUCCAUAGAGACACCUUAGGGCUGGUGAUGUGCCCACUGAUUUUGGUCUAACCAGUGGCAGUUUCAUUUCAGUUCUAUAUUGAAGUUCUACAGAGAUUUGUUAAAAAGUUUUAUUGCUUAAAAAAUAGUUUGAAAAGUUUAUGCUGUUUAAAAUUAGAGAAAACUGGAUAUCAGCCCACUUUUGGGAAUAAUUCCGUGUUCUUUUCUCAUCCCACUUUAAAGAACUUUCCUGAUUAGGUUUGAACUAAUUAUGCUAGUUAUACAUUAUGGUACACAUUUAUUCAGUAAACAUUUAAUGAUGCCUAUUCUUUACCUAGACACUGUGAUAGGCAUCUAUACUAAUAAAAGGGUAAUAUGCUAAUUAGACCAGACAUCUUUCGGUCAUCCUUCCAGACGUCCUUUCUGACAAAGACACAGUGGCGGGGGCCGAGGCAGAAGCAGUUAGGGGCGGCCAGGCUGGCAGGAGAGCAGUUAGGGGGCAACCAGGCCAGCAGGGGACCAGUAAGGGGGUGAUCAGGCCGGCAAGCAGAGGCAGUUAGGGGCGAUCAGGCAGGCGAGCGGUUAGGAGCCAGCAGUUCCAGAUUGCAAGAGGGAUGUACCUGUGGGAUCAGGCCUAAACUGGCAGUCAGACAUCCCCCAAGAGGUCCUGGAUUGGGGAGGGUGCAGUACCGGACUGAGGGACCACUCCCCACCCCCGUGCACAGGGCCUCUAGUUGAGUAAUAAAAAGAUAACUGGGAUUUGGUCCUGAUCGUCAAGCUGUGUUUAGCUUAGUCUUGUGGGAGUUACUUUCUCUCUUGGGACCUGUCUUGGCAAGAAGAAAAUCUGCCUAGUUUUUCUUGAAAGCUAAAUAGUCUUAUUCUGUAUUCUUACUCUUAUUCUGUAUUCUAAGUUUAUAUUUGCAAGUUGUGAAUGCCUGGGGUGUUUUGUGUGUUUUUUUUUAACCUUAAACCAUAUCCAAUUUUGCUUGAUUCAUUGGUCUUUUAAACAUUGUCAGAUUUUCUCUUUUGUUGUUAAUAUUAUUGUAAUUUCACUUGAUUUGUACCUUUAUUGUCAGUUUCAUCAAGACUAAAACUUUGAAGAUGAAAUACAAUCAGUCUAGUAUCUUGUUAAUUGAAAUCAAACAAGAGUAUAUACCCAGUUAGUUUCUCUACCUCUUCCAAAAACUGUACAAAUAUGCUUUUAGGAUAUUUCUGUCUUUUUAAAAAAUAACUAAUUACUUUGAACAUUCAUUCAAUAAUAGGGACCCUCCUGGUUGAUGGUGGGAUAUAAAGUAAACAAGACAAUCUUUACUUAAAACUUGUCUCAUGUGCAGUUGCUUUCAUAACAAACAUUUCAGUUUCACAGUUUGCCCCACUUCAUUAUCACCCCCACCCCACGCCCCGUAUCUCUUUAGAUAACUUAGUAGUCUGUGGACAUAGAAACACACUAUCUUUUUUUUAAUUUUACUCUGAUCUAAGGCAUUGAUGUCUAGACAUAACAAAUUAUUGCCCAUUUUCAUUCUGCCAUGAGCUUUUACUUUGCUAAAUCCUUUAUAUUUAUCAGCUGACUUUUAUUCUUUCUCCCCUUCUCUUGAGAUAUGUCCCUAAUGGUUUUGCUGAUUGCCCUCUUCCUUGCCAGUUGUGUUUUUAUCAGCGUACAUCAGAAUGUUUCUCUCCUUUGACUUUUACAAAAGACCAAAAAGGAUGGUGCUAUUCAUACCCAGGGUUCUAAUUUCUUUAUAAAGGUUGAUAUUCAAAUUGGCCCAUCACUUGAUGGGAGAAAUUAUCUUCAGUUUAAUGUCUUUGUGACUAGCAAAUAGCAAGUCAUCAGGUUCUAUUUUAACUUAUGUUUUGGUUUAUGAACUUUUCUGGCAGUCGCAGGCCAUGUUUUUCCUACAAUAUUGGCCCUGUUUCCACCUUGGAGCACAUUGGAUUGUCGCAUUUAGCACAGUCAAGAGUAAUGACGAUAGUGUGUGGUCUCUAAAGGCAGGCAGAAUACUAUUAUUGAGUUCCUUUUGUAUCUUCCUUUUCAAGCUUUCCAUGGAUAUGUUGACUGUUCAGACUACUUUGUUUUAUGUAUGGGGAUUGUGGGACAAAUGAUCUCUGGGUGUGGAAUUCCUGUGUUUGUAGCCUCAGCCAGGAAAUGGGAACUAUACUAGAUCUAGAUGGCCUUUAUAACUUGUCUAACGUUUUCACAUAAUUCCUCAAGUAGUAACUGUUUUAUCUUGGAUAUUAUAGCUAACUUUAUAGAUAGAAUAACUGCCUUAAAUCUUUUUAGUAGGAAAUAAACUAUAUAAUGUGUGUGUAUGGAUUUAUAUAUACAUACAUGUACACUCAAAAACCUUAACGUAAGGAUCAUUUAUCUGCAUAUAUUUUUAAAAUAUUGAAUGCUUCUCUUGCUUUACUAGAAAGUUCUUAAUUUGCUUGCAGACAUUUUCCUUUCAUGGACAGACCAUCAGAGUAAUUAUUUUUAUUCUGCUAGAGUCCUAAUUUGGUGGUUCAGUUAGUAUACCGUUUUUAGGUACAGUGACAAUUAAGAAUCAUAACAAAUUCAUUAACAUCAAAUAAAGCUCUGCUAUAUAUCCCUUAAUUAAAUUAUUGUACAUUCAGUGGUCUCUGGGAGGUACUAAUUUAGGGUUAACUUUUUAAAAAAUGUUAGAUGGUGGCUCCCCACCCCCUGCCUUUAAUUCUUUUCCCUUUGGUAUAAGGUAGUUGCUUAAGAUACCCUGGGAAGUACCACUACCACAUUAAGUUCUCCUGUAUUUAAGGGGAGCCGGAAGAUUGCAGACCUGAUUUUCUUACCUGUGCCCAACAGAAAUGGACUUUCCAACGUACUUUCGGUCGUCUCUGAUUCACAGAGGAUCUGACCAGAGUAUAUUAGCCCCAGUUAAUUUCAAUAUCAGUUGCUUUGCCGUCGUGAGAUCCAUAAUAGACUCAAAAUUUCACCGGUAGUUGAGAUGGAGGACCCCUUGUAAGAAUAAUGCCACUGAGAAUGGGAGUGAGAAGGAUUCAUUAACUGUACACAAAGGACUUUUAGAUUUUUCUUGCAAAAAUAUUCCUGAAAAAAUGAUGUUCUCCUACCCUUCAAGGGGAAAAAUAAAUAAAAAGUUCUUAAUUUCUCCAAAUUUUCCAGUUUGCUUUUCUGAGUUGGGAAUAAGGAUUUGCUUCCUAUUUCUAAUAAAAAGAUGAUAAUUUAUGGAAUAAUGAAAUCCACAAUAUAUUGAUUUAUAAGAACAAAAAGUAAAGUUUUAGAAUUGUAUAAAUAACAUUUUCUAUUUCACACUCUACUGUUCUUUCUCCCUCUGGCUUUAAAGCAUUUGGCUAUUUACAAUGUUAGUCACUAGGGAACUUGGCAUAUUUCUGGUUCUAUAUUAAGUUCUACCCUUUACAUUACUGCAGCAUAGAGCUGGUUCUAAACAUUUGUCUGUAGGAAAAGAAGUCCUUCUAAAGUCUCUUUUCUUCCAAAGAGAUUUUCCUUUUUUGAAUAAGUCCCUAAGAAAAUACCUGUCACUUUCAUUAAAGUCCUAUUUCUUGGCAAAAUGCAGAACCCAAAUUGGUCAUUUCUUAGAUCACCUUUACCUCAGGCUUCAUUUUUUCUUUUUUGACCCUGACCUUUAAGGCAUAAAUAUUUGUAUCUUUUUAUUAGUGAUAGUGAAACGGUGACACUAACCAUUUUUAUACAAGAGGGCAAAACAAGAAAAACUACAGAGAUUAAGAUGAAAGCAGUUCUGUACUUGUUGAACUAGAUCACAGCAUUGUAGGCAAAAUAAACCUUCCAUAUCUCAGAAUAUUCUUUUUGCCAUUUCCUCCCAAGGCCAGACCCUCUGGUGGAGGGAGCACUGUUAAAAGUAACAUAAUUCAGGGCCUUUGGGUCUGAGGGAAAUAAUCUCCAGUUGGUGGUAGUCUUUUCAGUAUAUGAAGCAAGAAUGUGGGAAAUGGUUCGCAACAAGUGCUUUCACCUAAAAAAUCGUGAAAAGACAUAUAAAACUGGAUUAUUCACUUAGCUCUGAAAAUUUCAAAAAAAUACAGCAAAAUACUGUAUAAUUCUGGACAAAAACAAUUGUUAGGAUUUGUCUGAAGAGAGUUUGCAAGAAUGAACUUAGAUGCACUGUUCACAAAUGUGUUGAAGUACUACCAACUAUUCUUAAAAUUGACAACUUUAAGACAUUUAUGGACUCUUAGGAAAUAGCCAUUAGCAAGUGUUCUAAAAAUAUUUAUGAGCUGAUGCCCACAUAGGUAGAUUUAUGCUCUUGAAACUUUAUCUUUUCUCUAGAGAUACCAAGGGAGGAGUGAGUGGUAUUUUUAGGGUGAGCAUUUGCCCUGGUGUGCCUGGGCUGGGGUUCCCUGGAUGUGGCACUUCCAAUUCUAAACCCAGGAAAGUCCUAGGCACCCCAGGAGCUGAUCACCCUAAGUAUUCUUGUGAUUGACCCUCAGUCCCAUAAAUGGCUGUAAUAGUUGUAAUGAAAUUCAGCUGCACUGUGGCUGUCAACGUUUCCAAUACUUGAAUAUGUGCCCUUCAAUCACUUAUUACUGUGGAUGGAAUGUGAGAUUUCUAACAACAAUUGCUAUUAACACCAGUUGGUAGUGAGACUAACACUUAAGACAUCCAAGGAAGGUGACUAGUGGUUUAAUGAAGAUAGAGAAGAGGCAACUAGAUAGUUAAGUUCUGCAGAUCCUGUGUGUAUAUUUAAGUACCAGUCACAUUUUGAUGGGGUUAAUGUAAUCUGAAAUUUAAAUUUUUCACAAUGAAAAUUAAAUGAAAACUGGGUGGAUUUCUUCUCUCUUGAGGGAAAAUAUGGCCUUUGAUACUCUGUCCUCUACAUUCCCCAGACUUUUCCGGCUAAAAAAGCCAGAAUGUGGUGUUACAUAUAUUUUCCAUAAAUGUAUUGAGAUUACUAAAUGCAUCAGCCACUGGCAGGUGAACGAGCUGGUAGCCUGAUCCAGACUGAGCAGUGCCCUCAGUUUCAUAGCCUCCUACCCUCAGGUGCUUACCAGCUAGAACACCGACCGCGGGAGGUGAGAUUUUUUUCUAAUACGGCAUUAAUUUUGUAAUGCAAUAUGAUGGAUGCAGAGUCUGUUCUUGUUUCCCUGUGGUAGUCUUCAGAUGCUGCAUUCUCUGUGCACUGUGAUGUAGAUGGUAGAUGUAUUCUUUGUAAGCUUUAAUCCUGUGAUUGUCAAAAGUACGAUGUUCCAUUUUUAAAAAUUAAACAAUAAGCUGAGGCUUUAUUACAGCUGGUUUUCAAUUUAAAAUUGUGAAAAUACUGAUUUUCUUUCUCCCCACCCACACCAAAUAUUUUAGUCUAUUUAAAGUACAAAAAAAAAGUAGUUCUACUUAAGAAAACAUUGCUUAAGUAUUCUGUGAUUUCUGGUCAAUUUUUAUGUGUGUGUGUGUGUGUGUCUGUACAUGCUUUCACUUUUUACCUUGUUUGCUCUCUACCUGUGUUAACAGUACUAUCACCUUUGAAAGUUCAGUUUUUCUUAGCAUUAAAACAAAAAGCCAUUUUGAGUUGCUUACCAUGUUAUUAUGGGACUAAUUUUUAAUUGGUUUUGACUUAAAUUGAACUUUUUGUUAGAAGGGGUUAUACUUUGCUGUACAUGCCCUAAAUUAUAUGGAAACAAAAAAAUUCUGUGUGUGUAUUUCACAUAAUGGAGGUCUGACUAAGAGUACAUAUAUAUUUUUUUAAGUUUGGUAUUAUAUAUGAAAUUAAUCCCACUCCCCUGGCAGACAGAUAUGCAUUGCUUAAUAUAUGCCCCCCCCCCAAAUACACAGCACCUCCCCACACAGUUCUAGUAAGUUAUGCAUUUUAGUUUACUUCAGAGUGUGCCUGUGCCAAAUUAAUGAUCAACUACUGUAAACAGACUAGAAGGUAAAAUUCACAUUUGCUCUUAAAAUGUGCUCUUAGCAAAAAUGCAAAUGUUAUUUUUUAAAGACUCCAUUGAAAAAUAUUAGAUGGGAAAUAGUGUAGUCAUAAUUAGUUCUAUCAACAUCAUGAAAUAAUUGAAAAAGUUAGAAAGACUUUUUAGAUCAGUCAAACUUCCUUUGUCUUGCAGGAGCUCAAUUCCUAGGAUGAAUCAAUCAUGUUCUGGUUAGCAGACUGUUUUCUUCAAACCAUUUAAAACAUAAUGCUUUAGGAUGCAACAAAAGGGACCUCAAAAGCUAAAAUGCACUAUCCUACUUGGCAUUGAACAGCUCAGGGAUUAGCACUUGUUCCAUCAACAAUUUUUUAUUGGUGGAGAACCCAUUUAAACAAAUUCUGUUUAAAUUGUUAUACCAUAUUCCUCUGUAAAUAACCUGAAAGGAAUCUUCCAACAUUGAACUUACAGUAUCACUUCAGUUGACACACCAGCAGAGAUUCUUUUCCACUGUCACCUCUCCCUGGGAGCAUCCUGCCAAUCAGCCUGUUGUGACACUUGUUACCUGCAUGGGGAGGUUUCUGUAACAACCCUCGUGUCUAAUGGCACAUUCCUCAAGAGGCGGAAGAGUAGGGGAGGAGUAUUAUGUUGUAUGUUUGGGCUUUCUCCUCAUUGGUAAAUGCUUUUUUUCUCCUUGUUUCAGAACAGAUUGGAAGCCCCUUAGUGUGGGAAGCAGGCAUGUCAGUAUCAAACAGGUGUACUCCAAUGCAGUCUUUUUAAGCACCAAAGGGUUGAGACCAGGUUCUUUUGCUCUUCAAGAACAUAGUUACACCAUAAGGUUGUGUAGCUUUCUUUUUAAGAGACAUUCUUUUUAUCAAAAUAUACAAGAUGAGCCCAACCUGAAAAUUAAGUUCACAAAUGUAGGAAUUCAGAAGAAAAUGUAAAAGGGGUACAUCAAAGUUAUUUUCUACAGUGAAAGUGGUAUGGAAAUAUUUGUUGAAUUUAUCAAAUUAGUAAAAGAAGCAAAAGUCAUGCUAGUUUGCACAUAGGAAGGCAUAAUACUUGACCACCACGUUAAUAGAAGGCAAGAACAUUGAAUCAGACUUACGGGUAACAAGUUCAGGGGUAAGCCAAAACAGACUAAGUGUGCCCUUUUAAGAAGCUACAAGAUGUGUUACUGUGCUCCAGGCCAAGCUACAUGACCUUAUUGGUUAUGGAAUACUUUGAGAUAGGCAUUUGCCAAUUUUUACAAUCUAAGUAAGUGGCUGCCUCUACACCCUCCUUCAUGCUAUGUGAUGAUAAAGUCACUUCGAAAGUUUUUCAAGUAGUUUAAGGAAGAUACCACAGAGGAAGGAGAGAAGGUGCUUCUGAACGAUGUGCUGGAAGAAGAUGGACAAAAUACCAUUUAAGAACAGUCCUCAAGGAUGCAUUGAAUUGGGAUAGAUGGAGAGGACAUUUGAAGCCAAUAAAAAUGAAGUCUUGGAACAGAA